AUGAAUUUGUUUUGGUUCUGUAAUGACUGUAGUAAUAUUGCUAUACAAAACCUAAAAAUAUCGAGGAGAUUGGACAGUCUUGAACAAAAAACCAACGAUGUGUUAGAACAAACCAAGGAGUGUUUCAGCGUCGUUAAAACAUUAUACGAUAGAGCACCCAAUGCCAGCGUGCAGAAGUGGAGUGACGUAGUAAAAGCCAAACGACCGCCUUUGAUAAUUAAACCAAAAAAUUCGUCACAGAACAGCGUGAAAACCAAGUUAGAUGUGACCAACAAAGUCGAUCCAUCUCAAAUAAAUAUAGCCGGAGUCAGAAAUACAGCUAACGGUGGGAUUCAGAUAGAAUGUGAAAACGACGAGUCGAUGCAAAAACUACACGAGGCUGCCCGGAACGCGCUAGCAGAUCGGUACGAAAUUCAGAUACCAGAGUUUAAAAAACCAAAAAUUGUUAUUGUUGGUGUUUAUGAUAAAUACCUGAGGGAGAUUGAUAUAUUUAUAAACAAAUUGAAAGACAUGUGUGGUACAAGCGAAAUAACGUUUGUUAGGAAAUAUAAGCCUCGUAGGAAGGAACAUUUUAAUGUGCUAUUAGAGGUAUCAAAUGAGGCAUUUAAUUACUUUAUUGCUCAAAAGAAAUUACGCUUUGGAUGGGAUAGUUUUCUAUUGUAUGAAUUUGUUAGCGUUUUAAGAUGCUUUAAGUGCUGGAAAUACGGGCAUAUGGCAAAUCUCUGCAAACAAGAGCAAUUUACAUGUCCACUAUGCGCCGGCAAUCAUAAGGCAGAUCAAUGUACAAGCAGUAAUAAACGUUGUAGCAACUGUGAAUAUAUUAGCAAUGUCUUAAAGAUAAAAAAUAUAGAAUAUAAUCAUACUGUUUUUGAUCGAAAUUGUACUUCAUAUCUUCGGCAAGUAGAAAAGACUAGGCUUAAAACAAAAUACGAAUAG